CAACACAUAAGCAACCAGUUCACCGCUCUACCUAAAGCUUAUCCUUUUUGGCAGGUCGAUCCUAGCUAUCAACCUACUCAACACUAUCCGCUUCAUAUUGAGAAAGACCAUAGCAGAACUUAACACAUACCUCAACUACCGCUACGUCAUAUAGAUAUAUAUAUCAUCAUCAUGUCCUGUCCCGACUGCUUCAGCGGCCACGUGCACGAGGACGCUACGCCCAGAGGAACAGUCACCACCUUGCAUGGCCUGAAUGCAUAUGUGACGGAGCCGACGUCCACAGAAUCCCCCAUCAAGGGGAUCAUCAUCAUUAUUCCGGAUGCGUUUGGGUGGGAGUUUGUCAAUAAUCGUAUUCUGGCCGAUCAUUAUGCCGAUAAGGGAGGGUAUAAGGUGUAUUUGCCUGAAUUCAUGAAUGGACACGCCGCCCCAGUCUGGACUCUAAACACCCUAUCCGCAAUAAUGAAGACCUCAUCCAUCAUGGACUGGAUUACGAAACCAUACCACAUCGCCUGCGCCAUGUACGCCAUGAUCCCCUUCGUCUACCACACCAAAUUCACCAUCUCCUGGCCCACCGUCAAGACAUUCUUCACCGCCGUACGGCGCAACGAAGGCGCCAACCUCCCCAUCGCAGCAGCAGGGUUCUGCUGGGGCGGGCAACACACCGUGUACCUCGCGCACGACAAAGAAGAAGACAAAGUAGAUGGCAAACCCCUAAUCGAUGCCGGGUUCACCGGCCAUCCCAGCAAUCUGAAGAUCCCCGCGGAUAUCGAGAAGAUCAAGAUCCCUGUGAGCUUUGCGAUGGCGGAACUGGAUAUUGCGGUGAAAAUGCCGCAGAUCAAGCAGAUUGAGAAAGCCGUCGGAGAGAGGGAUGUGGGGGAGGUGAAGGUCUACUACGGGGCUGGACAUGGGUUUUGUGUGCGUGCGGAUGUGAUGGUUAAGGAUGUGAGGGCGCAGGCUGAGGAGGCGGAGGAUCAGGCGAUUGCGUGGUUUCAGAAGCAGUUUGCGAAGGUGUCUUAUUGAUUUGUUCUGCAUCAGCUAUUGUGUGGAUGGGUGUUUGUUUAUUCAUAUUCUCUUCCUUUUCCCUUUCAUACCCCCGUUUCAUCCCCCUCAGAAUCCCCCUCCUCAAUCAAAGCCCUUAAUUUCCCACCCUGCUGCCGAGCAAGCACCUUAUACUUCCCCGCUUCCACCACACGACCCUUGU